UUGAAAUGGCGAACAACAACGCUAUCACUCUCCAAGAGAUUCGAAACGAGUCCGUCGAUCUGGAACGUAUUCCAAUCAACGAAGUGUUCGAUAAGUUAAAAUGCUCAAGAGAAGGUCUCACUUCAGAGGAAGGAGCCAGUCGGCUUCAAGUUUUUGGACCCAACAAACUCGAAGAGAAAAAGGAGAGCAAAGUUCUCAAAUUUCUAGGAUUUAUGUGGAAUCCCCUAUCUUGGGUCAUGGAAGCAGCGGCUAUAAUGGCUAUUGUCUUAGCAAACGGCGGUGGAAGGCCUCCAGACUGGCAGGAUUUCGUGGGCGUCAUUGCCCUACUUUUCAUCAACUCAACCAUCAGCUUUAUUGAAGAAAACAACGCAGGCAAUGCAGCUGCCGCCCUUAUGGCCGGUCUUGCUCCCAAAACUAAGGUUCUCAGAGAUGGUCGUUGGAGUGAGCAAGAUGCUGCUAUUCUGGUUCCUGGAGAUAUAAUAAGUAUCAAACUAGGAGACAUCAUACCUGCGGAUGCUCGUCUUCUUGAGGGCGACCCUUUGAAAAUUGAUCAAUCUGCUUUAACCGGUGAAUCCCUCCCUGUUACGAAGAACCCUUCAGAUGAAGUUUUUUCAGGAUCCACGUGUAAACAGGGUGAAAUUGAAGCAGUAGUGAUUGCCACUGGUGUGCAUACCUUCUUUGGCAAGGCUGCCCAUUUGGUGGACAGCACCAAUCAAGUUGGGCAUUUCCAAAAAGUUCUUACUGCCAUUGGGAAUUUCUGUAUUUGCUCCAUUGCUAUUGGAAUUUUUAUUGAGAUCAUAGUCAUGUACCCAAUACAACAUCGUGCCUAUAGGGACGGCAUUGACAAUUUGCUGGUGCUUUUGAUCGGAGGAAUUCCUAUUGCCAUGCCUACUGUUUUGUCUGUCACCAUGGCCAUUGGCUCACACCGUCUUUCGAAGCAAGGCGCAAUUACCAAGCGCAUGACUGCCAUCGAGGAGAUGGCAGGCAUGGAUGUCCUCUGCAGUGACAAGACUGGAACAUUAACCUUGAAUAAGCUCACUGUUGACAAAACCUUGAUUGAAGUCUUUGUGGAGGAUGUCGACGCAGAACAUGUUCUCCUUCUUGCAGGAAGGGCUUCUAGAACAGAAAACCAGGAUGCCAUUGAUGCUGCUAUUGUUGGAAUGUUAGCAGAUCCAAAAGAGGCACGAGCUGGUAUUAGAGAGGUUCAUUUUUUCCCAUUCAACCCUGUAGAUAAGAGAACUGCUCUGACUUAUAUUGAUUCUAAUGAUAACUGGCACCGAGUUAGCAAAGGUGCUCCAGAGCAGAUUUUAAACCUUUGCAAUUCCAGUGAAGUCGUCAGGAAACGAGUUCAUGGAGUAAUUGAUAAGUUUGCUGAAUGCGGACUCCGAUCCCUGGGUGUUGCUAGACAGAAAGUACCUGAGAGAACCAAAGAAAGUCCAGGAGAACCGUGGCAACUUGUUGGUUUGUUAGCUCUGUUUGAUCCUCCAAGGCAUGAUAGUGCAGAAACCAUCAGAAGGGCUUUGAACCUUGGAGUAAAUGUCAAGAUGAUUACUGGGGACCAACUGGCCAUUGCCAAGGAAACUGGGCGGAGACUUGGUAUGGGAACAAAUAUGUACCCUUCUUCUUCAUUACUUAGUCAAGGUAGAGAUAGAUCAGCAGAUACCCUUCCUGUGGAUGAGUUGAUUGAAAAGGCUGAUGGAUUUGCUGGUGUAUUUCCAGAACACAAAUAUGAAAUUGUAAAAAGGUUACAGGAGAGGAAACACAUUUGUGGAAUGACUGGAGAUGGUGUAAAUGAUGCCCCUGCACUAAAGAAAGCUGAUAUUGGAAUUGCUGUUGCUGAUGCAACUGAUGCAGCUAGGGGCGCUUCCGACAUCGUCCUCACUGAACCGGGAUUAAGUGUCAUUAUCAGUGCUGUACUGACUAGCAGGGCUAUUUUUCAGAGGAUGAAGAACUAUACCAUUUAUGCAGUUUCCAUCACCAUUCGUAUAGUGUUUGGUUUUAUGUUGAUUGCUUUGAUUUGGAAGUUUGAUUUCGCUCCAUUCAUGGUUUUAAUUAUAGCAAUUCUAAACGAUGGAACAAUCAUGACCAUUUCUAAGGAUCGAGUUAAGCCUUCUCCUCUGCCGGACAGCUGGAAGUUGAAGGAAAUUUUCGCUACUGGCAUUGUGUUAGGAGGAUACUUGGCACUGAUGACAGUGAUAUUCUUCUGGAUCGUGAGAGAUACCGACUUUUUCUCGAACAAGUUUCAUGUACAAUCCCUGAGGAACAACGACGAGGCAAUGAUGGCAGCAUUGUACCUACAAGUUAGUAUCGUGAGUCAGGCCCUUAUCUUCGUCACAAGGUCUCGAAGUUGGUCCUUUGUCGAACGUCCUGGACUGCUCUUAGUGAGUGCUUUCAUAAUUGCCCAGCUGGUAGCAACAUUAAUAGCAGUGUAUGCAAAUUGGGAAUUUGCAAGGAUAAAAGGAGCCGGCUGGGGAUGGGCUGGUGUGAUCUGGCUCUAUAGUUUGGUAACAUAUAUCCCUCUUGAUCUUCUCAAAUUUGCCAUUCGCUAUGUUCACAGUGGAAGGGCCUGGAAUAAUCUUUUGCAAAAUAAGACUGCUUUCACAACAAAGAAAGAUUAUGGCAAAGAAGAGAGAGAAGCUCAGUGGGCUACCACCCAAAGGACCAUCCAUGGUCUUCAACCACCCCAACCCAACAACCUUACUUCUGAUAGGGGUAACUACGGUGAGCUUUCGGAGAUCGCCGAGCAAGCCCGACGUCGGGCUGAAAUUGCAAGGCUCCGCGAGUUGCAUACUCUUAAGGGUCGGGUCGAGUCGGUGGUGAAGUUGAAGGGAUUGGACAUCGACACGAUUCACCAACAUUAUACCGUCUAACGAGCAGCUCGGAGUUUUCUCACAUUUUUUGAAGAGAAGCUCAUCAACAUUUUUCCCUCCUUAGAUUUAAUGUUUCUUCCUUAGCGAAUAAUUGUAGCCAUUGUUUUAUCUUCUGCCAAUGUAGAGGAAUUUUUUUCCCUUUUAAUUAAUUGCUGUUUUUUUCUCUCUCUCUUUGUAUAUAUCAUUAACUGAG